AUGUUGGGAGUAUCUCCUGGAGGUCUCAUUACCUUUAUAAGUAAAGCCUAUGGAGGAAGAGCUUCUGACAAUGUUAUAUUUAAACAAAGUAAUAUUGUUCAAUUAAUGAACAAACAUGAUGCAAUAAUGGUUGAUAAAGGGUUUCAAAUUGAUGAUACUUGCAAUAAGUAUAAUUUGAUCCUCAUAAGACCUCCCUUUUUAAGGUGUAAAAAACAAUUUUCUAAAGAAGAAGCUCUACUUUCUCGAAAUAUUGCAAGUGCUCGUUUGCAUAUUGAACGCAUAAAUCAGCGAAUCAAAACCUUUAAAAUUUUUCAAAAUAAAUUCCAGUGGGCUCAUGCAAAUUUAGCCAAUGACAUAAUAACCAUUAUUAGUGCUAUUUUUAAUUUAAGCAAACCUAUAUUUGCUGAAGAUAAAUUUAUUGUUUAA